AUGGCACAUUGCGUCUCCUCCGUCCGACCAUUCCAGCAGUACGGCGGGGACGAUGUUUCUCAUGUUAUUAUGGACUGGCGUCCUAAGAAUUGCAUAGCUCAUGUAUACAUGUCCCGUGUUGCACACAGAGCCACCCAGACCAUAACUAUUACUGGAGCAAAGGGUACACUUACUGUCGAUGGGCCUCAGGUCAUACAUUAUGACGAUGAGGGCCGACAGCUGAGCAAGACGGUGCAUCAGUGUAUUGAGAAGAACAUCAUCCGCAAAAUGGUGCUGGAAUUUGGGGACUGGGCUGCAGGACGCACAGAGACAUUUUCGACGUCGCUGGAAGAUUCGCAGGAUACAGUCUUGGUCGUUGACGCGAUCAAGGCAUCUCUAACGAGCCAUCAGGUGCAACAUCCUCUUCUACUAUCGAAACGGAAAUCGUCAAUUACCACCGACAGAAAGAUGAUGCUGCGAAAUGCAGCCCCGAGGCGCGGGUACACUUGCUCCACAUCAGCCUCCCUGGCGGAAAGUGUCAAGAGAUUCACACUCAAUACAGGGUCCACCAUACCGAUGGUUGGACUCGGAACACGGAGUGCAAAGUCACCUGGGGAGGUCCGUGAGGCUGUAAGAAUUGCCCUCCGGAUAGGAUAUCGGCAUAUUGAUAUAGCCGAGUCCUCGGGGAAUGAACGGGAAAUUGCAGCAGCGAUUAAAGACUCUGGAAUCCCUCGCAACGAGAUAUGGAUUACAACUAAACUAGACAACAGGUGGCACAUUAGAGUAGACCAGGCGGUCGAGCGAUCACUUGCAAGAUUGGACACGACCUUUGUAGACUUAUACCUUAUGCAUUGGCCCAUAUGCAUCGACCCAGACAACCCACCAAGGCAGCUUACCAAUUGGAAUUUCGUUGAUACAUGGAGAGAACUACAGAAGAUCCCCAGAAGUCAGGUACGGAAUAUCGGGGUUUCAAAUUUUGGCAUUAGCCAUCUUGAAACAUUGCUUGUCGACCCAUCUUGCCAUGUUAUCCCUGCAGUUAACCAGGUUGAGCUUCAUCCCCACUGGCCGUCUCCGAACCUCCUGAACUACUGUCGCAAAAAUGGCAUCCAUUGUACCGCAUAUUCCCCCUUUGGGUCAUCCCACUCGCCCCUCUUACAGGAUCCAGUCCUUCGGCAGAUUUCUCGGAUUAGAAAAAGGACGGAGCAUCAGAUCCUUCUAAAGUGGGGGAUUCAGCGAGGCACUAGCGUUAUACCAAGAAGCGUAAACGGCUUUCGAAUUAAGGAGAAUCUUGACUUGGACGCGUUUGAGCUUUCGGAGGAGGAGAUGGACAGGCUGAACGACAUUAGGUCACGAUUCAAGUCAUGUGGUGAUGACUGGUUACCUGGUAAGGUGUUCUUUGCAUAUGAUACUUAG